CAAGCGCGAAGUUGAUCAAAUCGAAGUAACCGUGGUCAGCAAUCAGAAGUUCGACCCCGUUAUGAAUGACUCACACAUGCAAGUUUUCAAAACCUUGUUGCAAGAUUACAUGAAAGGCAGGGGAGCAUACUAUAACAAAGACAUGGUGAAGGAGAAGAUAAUGAAUGUAGAUGGUAACUUUGCGGUUCUUUACACUCUACUGGGUUAUGACUGCGAUACGGUGAACAAUUUCUUGCACGAUGCCAAGAGCAGCGCUAACUUCAUCCAGGACAUCAAAGUCAAGUGUGGUGGAAGACCGGCAUUUAGUAUUGCUUGAUCAUUUUCGAGCCAAUAAAUCAAUCGCAUGCA